GGGUCCUGCUCGGCGGUUGAAAGAAUGGCGGGAGAAGCUGCAGAGAAUUAAUUUGCUAUUACGUGUUGAUGGCUCUGAAGGAGUUGUCGCUCUCACUGGAAUCCAGUGAGAGUGAUUCUGAGGAGUUGCCAGUGUUUACCUUUCUGAAGAAGGAACCACCUUCAACAACGAGGAAGCGGCCUCAGAGGGAAGAGAAGGUUGUGGUGGUCGAUACCUCAGAUUCUGAGGCCUCCUGCCCUCCAUCACCAAGGUGGAAAGACCCACCACCUGUCCCGGAUACAGCUGAAACUGUUGCACAGACACAGUCAGCCAGGGUGCUAAGCAGUGGGAGUGAGGAUGAGGAGCAACUUAUUCCCCUGGCUGAGAGGCUUACAUGUAAGUUUUUGACCCACAAGCAGCUGAGCCCUGAGGACUCUAGCUCCCCAGUUAAGCGAGUUUUGGAUCAUAAAAAUAAUGAAGGAGCAUCGUGUGACAAGAAAAAACAGUGGUCUCCAAAGACGCGUGAUGUUCCCCUCUGUCGCACCUCAGAGAGGUGUGCACCGACUAACGAGGACCCCGUGGUGGACAGUGCACGCUGUCGGCUUCCAGCCCACCGAGCUGCCGGCCCUCUCCAGAGCUACAACUUGAUGAUAACAAAAACAGGUGCUGAGGUCCCUCCAUCUCAGAAGCGAGCCAAGCACAGUCAGGAGGUCCAGAGGAGAGGCUCGAAGGGAUGCCAGCCGCGGGGACAAGCAAGCCAGAAGGAAAACGCCCUGACACAGUCGCAGAGGAAAAAGAAGGCAGCACUGGCCAACAGGGCAAAAGCCCAGAGGCCAGAGGAGUGCUUGAAACACCUCGUCGUGGUGCUGGAUCCAGUGCUUCUCCAGACGGAAGGAGGGGGCCAGCUCCUCGGAGCGCUGCAGGCCAUGGAGUGCUGCUGUGUGAUUGAGGCCCAGGCCGUGCCGCGCAGCAUCACCUGGAGGAGAAGGGCUGCACCGGCCGCGGUGCUUUGGCAGGAUGGAGAGGAGGGCUGGGUGGAGGAGCCCGUGGUCCUGGUGCUGCUCCUGGCAGAGGCGUUCGUGCUCAUGGUCCACAACUUCAAGCAGGGAAGUGCAGGUGGCACUGAGGACGGGAAAGAAACACUUCGGACCUUUGUAACUGACAUCACGGCAAGGACAGCAGGGAAAGCUCUGUCACUGGUGAUUGUGGAUCCGGAGAAGCGCCUCAGUGCUCCGAGUCCUCCGAGGAGAAGGAAGCAGGGAGUGGCAAACAGAGAACAGGCCAAGAAGAAGAAAAAUAAACCACCAGAGGCCGACACAGGGCCCACGGUGUCCAGGGUGGACAUGGAGAAGGCACUGGUGGACCUGCAGCUGCACACAGACGCCCAGGCUCGAGUUGUGCAGAGCUGGAAAGAGCUGGCCGACUUUGCGUGCGCGUUCACAAAGGCUGUGGCUGAGGCGCCCUUCAAGAAACUCCGAGACCAAACUAGUUUCUCCUUCUGCCUGGAGAGUGACUGGGCUGGAGGGGCGAAGGUGGACCGUGCUGGCAGGGGGCUUGCUCAGGUCUGGAGGAGACAGAUUCAGCAGCUGAACCGCGUCAGCCUGGAAAUGGCCAGUGCUAUUGUGGCCGCCUAUCCCUCCCCACAGCUCCUGGUCCGGGCUUAUAGGCGGUGUUUUUCGGAGCAAGAACGCCAGACUCUGCUUGCAGACAUACAGGUGCGCCGUGGGGAAGGCGUGACUUCCACCUCCCGCCGUGUUGGGCCAGAGCUGUCCAGACGUGUCUACCUUCAGAUGACCGCGCUGCAGCCAGACCUCUCUUUGGACAGUGCAGACUAAAGCUAGCCCUCAGGGACAGGACGAAAAGCUACAUAUUUCCGCCUCGCCCACCUUGGGACAGGACUACGGUGAAGGGAUUGGAAGUGCUUCCCGUAGCGUGGGCCUGGUCGGGUCCACGAUAGACGGGUAGGUGUCGUGAUCCUUGGAGG